GGCUGUGUUUCUGGUUCCCAGUUGCACCUCUUGCCUGUGUCUGGAAACCUUGGAAUCCCGGGGGCUUCUUUUUGGGUUGUCCCCUAAAAACCCUAAACAAAGUACACAGCACUGUCCAGAGAAAGUCUCGGAGGCUUUUUUGAAAAUCUUGUUUCGCUGUGCCCUAACCUUCACCCUUACACCAUCGCUGUCACUGAUGAUGCUCGCCCCAAUAUGACCUUGCCCCGCACAUCCGCCUCGUCGUCCCCCAGACAGUUGGACGAUUGCAUAUCCAAGUGCCUGUCAGCUCCUCGAACCAUCAUCCGAUCCGAUACCCAAACACUGAGAUAUCCAAACCAGCAUACUUACCAGACGGUGACGGUAACGGCGACCCGGUGAAACCGCCCCGCGCACGCCGAACGACCGGCAUCGCAGAUAAGCGAUAACGAUCAUCGCCCAUCAUGGCGUCUUUCUUUCCGUCGUUUCGCCAGUCGCGGAUGCCCAAGCGGCUGCUUCGGUUCGCCCUGGCACGGCUAGACGUUCUGGACGAGACAGCGCUUGACUUAGAGAACCUUGAUUUUGCCGUUGGAACAAACACGGUCCUGGAAUUCCGAGAUGUCGGGCUUGUACUCCAGAAACUGGAGAAGCUCUUGGGGCUCCCUCCAACCUUUUCGAUCCAGAAAGCCAAGAUCCUCGUCUUGCGAGUUACGAUUCCCAUGAACAUCUUCACAAGCCCGAUCAUAGCCGAGGUCGAUGGUGUUGAUGUCCAGCUCAAGAUUAUGUCACAACAGGAGGUGGAACAGCAGCGGUCAAAGAAGAGGAGGAGAUGGCGGGUCACUGAUGAUGUCGUUCCGACUGCUGCCGACCUUGCGCAGUCGUUCCUGGAAACGCAGCCGGUAUCAGAGAAGAAAGAGCUGGAACAGGCACUUGUUGCGGAAUCGCAGGACCUCGGAGCUUCAGUAACCAUGAGUGAACCUGAGAGCGAUGACGAGUCGUCGUUCGGUACCGGCCAAGCUCUGUCACUGCCAGCUUUCAUGACCGACUUCCUCCAGGGCAUUGUCGACAGAAUGCAAGUUCGGAUACAUGGUGUUUCAUUCCAGGUUGAUACCGAAGUGCCACUGAACGCGAACUCCCAGCCCCCUGAGUUGGUCACUUUUCGACUUUCGCUGGAUAAGGUGGAUGUGGAAGGUGUCACUACAUCAGCAGAUGAUGCUGAGGGCGGUCCAGAGAUUGUUCACAAGGAGGGCAAACGGCAUAUUCUUCUGGACAACAUCCGAGCGUUCCUGAUCACCGAGGCAAAUGUGUUCUCGUCAUUAGUACCAUCCCCGACGAUGCUAUCUUCUCAAGGAUCAGCCCAGUCUCCGGAAGCAACUGAGGCCCCGUCAUUUCCAACUCCCGGCGCCAAUCUGGCAGACAGCAUAAGCUCUGCGUCGGUAACUUUGGAUGAUUUUGCGCAACUUCAGGCUCAGAUGCACGAUAGCGAGGCGGCGCUGAAUAUCCCCUACGAAUUUGACCAACCUAAUACGUUUAUUGAAUAUGCAGAGUCGAAUUCGCCUGGUUCCACACCCCGGGCAUCUCUUUACCAAGAUAUGGCAGGCCUUGGUCUUCAGGAGCACGCCAAGUCUACGCUUGUAGAGCCGGGGGCUUCAAGCUGGUCUGCUCCGGAGAGAGAAGCACAGUCAGAGCCUUUUCUCCGGCCUCCAGAAGGCUUCCCACUUGGUUCGUCGGUCUCUCCCGCUGGCUCUGUGCACUCAGAGGCUGCUAGUAGCGAAUCUAGUGGCGGAGCCGAAGACCUUACGCAAUCCCAUCUCUACAGCCACGAGGAAGCUGAGAGCAUGUAUAUGAGUGCCUUCUCACAUACAGGUUCGGUAAAGCUACGCGGAGCAAUGCCUGGAUCUUGGGAUGAGCAAGAUUCCGUGUCAUCGGGGGGGAAAUCCGACGCCGCUGGCCCAUCAUCUGCACAACCCCAGAAUUCACCCCCACCAGAAACACAGGGUGGACGGUUCUACAACGAGACUGGACAACCGCCAGACCAGUCCUCUCUAUCUCCCCAAGGCACAUCGCCAAUAUCAACGCGAAGCCCCGUUGCCGAAUUCUCAGAAGAUCACAAUCUAGGCCAAGAACCAGAGCGUCACCAAGAUGACAUCCCGACGCCUCGUGGACCUACCAGAUUAGUGAAAGAAGUCGUUUCACUAAGCUCCAUAUCGGUCUAUCUACCAUCAAAUCACAAGCACCUACACGUCACGACUCCUGACCUCGCAAGUACUACCCCAAAUCUCCCAGGAGCAUUUUCGGUCCACUCACCUGAACCACUGGGCCCGUCGUCACCCGUUUCCGAAACCCCGGCUGAACACCCGCCUCUUGACCCAUCUAUUGAGGUGAUCCUGAAGCCGAUAGAGGUGCGGUUUGAUGCCUCGAUUGGGUUUCUUUUAGCCAUGGUGGUGAGCUGCCUGCUGGAAGCAGUGCAAACAUCCGAAACCACCAAUACAGCUCCGUCCAGGUCAGACUCUAAGCCUGCGCUGGACCUCAAACUCGUAGUGGAAGGUCUAUCACUCCAAUUUUUGGAGAAACUUGCAGGUGUUGCCGACACGGCACAGAGACAUUUCGAGAAGCGGUCACCGGACUUUGCGUCCGAUGUCCUCCUGCAAGCAAAUUUGAGGGGGAUCAAAGCUUCGCUCUCAAGCUCUGGCUCCGACAUGGAAGCCGAUAUGGCUAUUGAAAAGCUCACAUUUGGGUAUGCCAAUGACCAGAUUAUGUCGUUUGAUCGAUCCGUUCAAAUGUAUGAAUCUAUGGCUGCCAGCACUCUCUUGUCUGCGGGACAGGAUAUCUCAGUCAAGCUCACCAAGAGCUCUGGAAGGUCGAGCCUCAAAGUUAACACACUUCCUCUACAUGUCAAACUCGAUCUCCCAAAGUUGGAUGAAACAUUCAGCUGGUUUGGAGGCUUGAGCAGCUUCCUCAACAUGGGCUCUUCGAUCACCUCAAAUCCUGCAAAGAGCACAACUGUUGCGCCGCAGAAGCCCAAGGGUGUUCGAUUCGAAACCCCGAGUUCGGAUGAUCGACCCGUCAGUUCAGGUGACAAGGCUGAGAUGCGCAUCAAUGGGAUCCGGCUGGAUGUUAUCGGGAGAGACUGUAGCAUGGCCCUUGACACCAGCGCUCUCAAGUUGAUCAACAGGGGAGAAGGCGUCGGUGUGCACUUCAGCAAGAUACAGCUGGCAGGGCCAUAUCUUCGCAAUUCCCAAGUUGCAGCUCCCAUCAUUGCCAAAAUUGUGGACACCCGGAUCGAGUUUGUCAUGGCCCCGCGGGAACAAGAUCUUGAGAGGCUUGUUGAACUCAUCACUCCGUCACAGAGCAAGUUUGACAAGGACGGGGAUGAGAUCAUGGUUGACAUGCUCAUUCGCCAACGGCGAAAGGGGUCGGUUCUGAACUUGACCGUCGGCAAAGUCAAUGUCAAUGUGGGCAGACUUCAGCAGCUCAGCUGUCUACCCAGCUUGGCAGAGGAUCUUGCCAAACUCGGGACUGUUGCCAAGUAUCUGCCCGAAGAUGACCGGCCCGGGUUGCUCUCUUUUAUUCAUGUCAAGAGCUUUGAAGGCGCUGUCGACAUUGGUGGACGUUUUGGAGCGGUUCAAGCAGCCAUUGCAGACCUGGAGGUGGCUCACAUCACGGUUCCUACUCUAGUUGCUGUUGCUGUGACAGGUAUCACUGUCACAAGAAACCAGGUCGAGAACCUUGCGACGACACCACCAAAUCCUGCAACGGCCUCGUCACCAAAGCCGCCUGUCCUGAGGAUGAGAAUGGUGGAUGAUAUUGAGCCGGUCCUCAAAGUCAGGCUGAACGGGUUGAAUGUCGAGUACAGAGUGCCUACUAUCAUGGCCAUCUUGCAGCUUUCGGAGGAUGCCACACCGCAAGACUAUGAGGCUAGCCUUGCAGCCUCGGUCGCCAAUCUUGGUGAUCACGCUCAUACCGCCAUCAAGGGCUCACCAGCUGGUUCAGCAUCGUCGGGGCAAGAAUACAGUUCAAAGCCCAUCAAAGUCGACGUUGCUUUCGAGGACUGUCUGAUUGGCUUGAACCCUCUCGGCCCGCCAUCCAAGUUGAUUCUUGCACUGACCACAGCAUCGCUUGAGGUGGUACCCGGAAAAGACGAGAGUGUACAUGCCGUCCUGGAGAUGGAUAAGGCAUCCAUUCUGCUCAUUGAUGAUGUCACGGUAUUGGACACGCCUGGGGCACCGUUUGCUUCGAAGCGACGGCCCAAAGUCAUUCCUACACCGCAGAUCACCGAGCUAUGUUCCAAGGGUUUUGUGCACAUCAGCCAAAUCUCCAAGGCUCAGGCUGUCGUGAACACAACCAAGGAUAAGAACGGCGAUUCGCAGCUGGAGGUCGAAUUACGUGACAAGCUUCUGGUCAUGGAGACGUGUGCCGACUCAACUCACACUUUGAUUGCUUUGGCAAACGCUCUAACCCCGCCUACACCGCCGAGCAAGGAGGUCAAGUAUAAGACAUCGAUUGUUCCGGUGGAAGAUCUGCUGGCUUCCAUCACUCACGACGCGUUUGGCCGCGCUGAGGGUGAUUAUGACUUUGAUAAUGAUUUUCUUCCUGUUGCUGGAGAGCACAGCGGCGAGAUAGAUAGUGAGCAUGACUAUUAUGGCGGACCAAACGAUAGCCCCCUCAACAUGGACUCUCAGUUUUACGACGACGAGGUUAUCCACGAAGAGCUUUUCGAUGCCACUGCUCAAUCGCUUGACUUGUCAAAAACCAGAGUUGAGGAGACGAACGAUGGUGUCUUGCUCAGCACUGCUAGCCUGAGCACCGACAAUAGCACAGACAAUAGCAGCGGGCGUCUCUCAGUCGAAGAAGGGUUCUUUGAGAAGAAGGAGUCGGCUGUCAAGGGCACAGCGCACCGGUGGAACUCUAAGAAGAACAAGUAUGAUGAUGGUAACGACACCAAGAUUCAACGAAGCCCGCUCAAGGUUGGUGUGCGUGAUGUCCAUCUUAUUUGGCACCUGUAUGACGGCUAUGAUUGGGUGCGGACUAGAGAAGUCAUCGCCAAGGCGGUCAAGGAAGUUGAGAACAAGGCAUACGAGAAGCGGGCCAAGGCUGAACGCAAGGAUGACUUGGAUGAAGAAGAGAUUGUGGGUGACUUCCUUUUCAAUUCGGUGUACAUUGGAAUUCCAAUCACUCGGGAUCCAAAGGAGCUGGCCGCCGCCAUCAACCAGGAGUUGGGGGAUGGAAACGAUACCGAGUCGGUCGCCACCACGGCCUUCACAACCUCCACCAUUCGCCCUGCUGGCAAGCAUCACCACGCUAGGUCCAAGAGCCUAAAAUUGGGCAGGAGCAAGGAUCACAAGAUCACAUUUGAGCUCAACGGCGUGAAUGUGGACUUGGUCACCUUCCCACCUGAUUCUGGGGAGACAGUCAGCUCCAUCGAUGUCCGUGUCCGCGACCUGGUCGUUUUCGACCAUGUGGCUACUUCCACGUGGAAGAAGUUUGUCACAUACGACGAGGAUGCGGGUGACAGAGAGGAGGGCGCAAAUAUGGCCCACAUCGGACUUCUCAACACAAAGCCUGUGCCCUCUAUGCCGGCUUCUGAAAUUGUCUUGAAGGUCAGCAUUCUGCCUCUUCGUCUUCACGUCGAUCAGGAUGCGCUGGACUUUAUCACACGGUUCUUUGAGUUCAAGGACGACUCGACACCUGUUCACGCCUCUCCGAGUGAUGUGCCCUUCAUCCAGCGUGCCGAGGUCAACGACGUGCCUGUCAGGUUGGAUUUCAAGCCAAAGCGGGUCGACUAUGCUGGUCUCAGAUCAGGCCAUACGACUGAGUUCAUGAACUUCUUGAUCCUGGAGGAUUCCCGCUUGGUUCUUCGCCAUGUUAUUCUUUACGGCAUCGCCGGAUUUGACAAGCUUGGAAAGCAGCUCAACGACAUUUGGACGGACAAUGUCAAGCGCACACAACUUCCUGGUGUUUUGGCUGGUCUGGCACCAGUCCGCUCUCUUGUGAACGCCGGCAGCGGCUUCCGUGAGCUGAUUGAGAUUCCCAUCAAGGAAUAUCAGAAAGACGGGCGCAUUGUCCGCAGCAUUAGGAAGGGUGCAACCCGUUUUGCAAAGACGACUGGUACAGAGGUGGUGAAGCUGGGCGCCAAACUCGCCAUCGGGACACAGUACGCACUUCAAGGAGCCGAGAGCAUGUUGGUUAACAAGCCAGCUGGAGAGUCAAGUAGCUCCGCGGCUCCCAUUGCCAUCGACGAUUGGGACGAGGGAGAUGAGUACGAAGCCGAAGAGGAGACGACCAACCGGCAGGUCAGCCUGUACGCGAACCAGCCGCUUGGUAUCCUCCAGGGCGUGCGAGGCGCCUAUUCGAGCCUGGCCAGGGACCUGGCGGUGGCAAGGGACGCAAUCAUUGCGGUGCCGGCCGAGGUGAUGGAGAGCACGAACGCUCAGGGGGCGGCCAAGGCUGUGCUGAAGCGGGCACCGACGAUUAUCUUCCGGCCUGCCAUUGGUGCUACCAAGGCCAUUGGACAGACUCUACUGGGCGCGACGAACAGUCUCGACCCGGCGAACAGGAGACGGGCGGAGGCGAAAUACAAGAAAUAAUCGAGUAAGAAAACCACAGACGAGGGAGUCUUUUCCUAGAACCAAACAUCACAACAAAGGCGUACACCUAGCCUUGUGAGAUUGCAUGGCAAGUUCUCAAGAAUUAAUAAUGAUUUGUUUUUACGAAGGGAGAAAGAGAAUAUCACGAAGAGGGGGGCAUGAAUACUCGGAGUUUUGGGGGGUUGAGGCAUUCUAGGGAUUGGGGGAUCUGGGAAGGAGUUUUUGAUUUUCAGGCAAUAUCUCUUAGGGAUCUCUCUAUCUGCGCUUUAGUUUUUUUUUCUUUUCCUCUGAAGACGAUUAUCUAGUGUUUUGGUCAAUUGGGAGGAGAAGAACGAUACAGCAUACCUUCAUGAGGUCUCGGUAGUUUUUGGUUCAGUCUUUAUUUACUUUGUUUUAGCUCUCUCUCUGUGCUUUUGAGGGCGUGGUGAUGUGAUGAGGUGAUGGUUGUUGCGGUUUUACUUUUGACCCGUUGUGAUCAGCUUUGUUGAGCUCUAGGAUAACUGCAAAUCAGGGGA